AUGGCAGCUAGAGUUAGGUUUCCCCUUCUCGGCCGCCGCCGUCGUUUAUGGCCGCCUUGGCCGCCAGCAACCGCCGCCUCCGUCCCAGCACUCGUCGUCCUCUCCGUUCUCGUCCUUCUGAAGCUCUCCGCCGUCGCCGUCCCCGGCCGUCGUCGUCGCCAACAACAGCCGCCGCCGUCCCAGCACUCCUCCACCUCUCCAUUCCCGGCCUCCUGCAGCUCGCCGCCGUCGCCGUUCACGACCUCCGUGGUCGCCAGCAACCGCCACCGUCACAGCACUACUCCUCUUCAUUCCCGUCUUCCCGAUCUGGUCACCGUCGGCUGCCCGCCCCGUCGCCAGCUCCCGCCCCCCGCCGCCAGCGCCGCCCCGCCGCCGACUCCCGCCCCCGCCGCCAGCUCCGGCCCUGCUGCCAGCUCCCGCCCCGCAUCCAGCGCCUGCCGCCCCGCCCCCAGCUCUUAUUUUGAUCUGUGA